AUGUCAUGUAAUAAACCAUCUUUAAAUGAUGAAUUUUUUCAUCUAAGACUUUUCUUAAGAUAUAAAUAUUAUUAUGCUAUGGAACGUUUUGUAAAUUAUUGGGAUCAUAAUUUACAUGAAGUAGCUAUCCUCCACCUUUUGCAUGCUUUUGAAGCUUUUGAAGCUGAAAAGAAUACAAUAAACUUCAUGGAAGGUAACUGUACUGAGUUAGAAAAUAUGUAUAAUGAGUUAAAAUUAAACAAAGAAAAAUUUUUAAAUUUAUACAAUAAUAAAAAAGGUAUGGAAAACGAACUAUUAACAUGUUUUAAAAAUUGCAAAUAUUGUUAUUAUAAAAAAAUUCUUUAUAAUAUUGAAAAUGAAAAUAAAAAUUUAGAAAAUGAAUUAUUUGAAAAAGAUGAUAUAUAUGAUAUUCCUUUGUUAACUGUUUAUAAUUGUGCAAAACAAAUGAAAAAGUACAAUGAAAAAAGAGAAAAAUCAUAUCAUAAUAAUAAAAAUAUUUUUAAAAAAUUUAAAAAAAUUUUUAUUAAAUAA